CCUCCGCCUCGCUAUCCGAAUAACUGCACCAUUCCGCUAUCUUGUUGCACCCCGCCCAACAUCUCGUGGCUGUGUAUCAGAUACUGUAUUUGUUCCUUGUGGCAUCACCAGCUCAUCUUUCUCUCGCUGUGCCCUUGGUCAGAAAGUUGCGUUUCCACUUUCCCGCAUAGCCUACAAACCCACUCUCUAUCCUUGGCCUCGUUGCCGCGGCACCCACGACUUUUGUCAAACACGCAAGCCAGACUUACGUUGGCUUUUCGACACAGCUUUCAGUCACAUUUUAUUCUCUGCCCUUAUCCUGCGUGCAUAGCUCUCAUCUGCAUAUUUGAGACGAGAUAGAACCCUUAUUCACUACGAGUGCGACAGUUACGAAGCACAGUCGAGCUAUAUGCCAAGAUCUGCCACCCAAGACGACUGACCCAGGCCUAAUCGUCCUUGUGUCCAGGCACAAUGGUCAAGGCCGACUUGACACGCGAUUACUAUGGUGAUCUGGAGAUUGCGCCCAAUGCUACGGAGAUCGAGAUCAAGAAGCAGUUUAGAUCUCUGGCUUUGAAAUACCACCCCGACCGCAACCCAGGACGCGAGCUCGAAGUGAACGCGAAAUUCCAAACGAUCCAGUCCGCACACGAAGUCCUCACCGAUCCAGAACAGCGAGCAAAAUACGAUGUAGGACGGUCCAGAGGCGGCGGCGCUGGAGGUGGCUUUGCGUCUCAGGCCCGCCCCGCAUCUGGGUUUGCACGAGGCAACCCUUGGGCAAACGUUGCUACCGACUUUCCUCCUCCCCCAAGACCGUCGCGAUCACGAGCUCAGCCACCCCCGCCAUCAGCAGGUGCUCAGCGAUAUGCGAACAAUUUUAAGCCUGGCUCAGGAGCAUAUACGUCGGCUUCAUCUGGGGCAAAGCCAGCGGAGGACGAUGGGGCUGAGGCACGACGAAAGACAUACGAGGCCUGGUCAAAAAUGCGAGGUGGAAAGGCGCCUCCUCCAUAUAACCCCCAUGGAUAUCAGCCAACACCAGGUACGGAUGAGAGGAGAAGCUCCCGACAGCAAGUUCCAAAACCGCAGCCACCUCCGAUUCCAAAGAGAAACGGCUACGCGCCUGGCGCCGCUGGUGGAGAUGAACCCGCUGCUGCGAAUACCUCGGCAUAUUAUACACAGCGCGCAGGCAGGGCACCAACUGCGAAACAGCAGCCACCACCUCAGAAGACCCCGCCAAGAAAUGCACCUGUGGACCCUUUGAGACAGUUCAGAGAGAAGACAGGAACACCGUUGGAGCCGCGAUUAAGCACUCCAUAUGCGAGCCAUGGAGGCGAAAAGACAGACCCAUUCGAGUCGGUCAAUUUCGGCAGAUCCAACAGCACUAGAACUCCGUCUGGAAGAGCCGGCGGCAGCAGGGGCUCUGGCUCGUCAGGGACUCGUGAGAGACACCGCAGUGCAAGCCCAAGUCGACCCAGUCGUACUCCUCGCCUGUCACCCGAGCUCAAUGCUGGCAGCAGAGUUGGGUCAGACACCAAUCUCAACACUUCUCCAAAGCGGACCUUUUCCCGAGCAACCAGAGCUAGCAAUAUGAGCGAGCCACGCACCACUGAAGCUAUUGUGGACUACUCGAGCUCAAGCUCAGACGAAUCGGAGGACGUCCAACAGAGAGUGUACGCGAAGAGCAGAUCUCGGAGAACACAAGCCCAAGCUACACCAACCGGAACUGCUCAAGCAUCGCAUGAUCAGCAGAGCCAUGGCGCACAGAACGCGGGAAGACCAAACGCUGACCCAAAAAUCUUUACCUUCCAGGUCGAUGGCGAGACGUACACGGCGCACUCGGUGCCACGACAGUUCCCUACUACUAGCAGCACAGAGAACAUCAGCACGACUUUCACGCCUACGGACUGGCACGGAAAAUUCGAAGCUGGUGAAGACUAUUUCGGAAAGGAAGCCGCUGCUCAACCGGCCCGCGGUAACUCUACCAGUCGCGCUAGGAACCGAUCUCCUCCAAAGCCGCGAGUUCCACCGGUCAGCACCAAGUCGCCAUAUCCGAAUAUCGACCCCGAGAUUCUUCAGCAGUCGAGCGGUACAGAAGGAGCUACAUCGUCUCCAGGCGGCACGAAAUUCUCUGCCGAAGAAUGGGCCCAAACGUUCAAACCUGGCAUUUUCGCUCCACCGCCCCAUCCUUCCCCAGGAUCUUUGAGCAGGUCUCGCACGAACUCAAGCAGACGCGCCAAGGCUGCCUCGUCGUCGAGCAAGGGGCCGCCUGUGACUAAGACUACCGGCACGGCUGCUAUGGUUGAUAGCGGCGAUGAUGAGCCGCAGUUAAUGGGAUCGAGACCCGUGCCAGGCGCGGAAACCGGGGCGAGUACCUUCGCCCAGCCACCGCUUGUGUCAAGCCCGACGGCAAUGGAUAUUGACCCCCCUCAACCGACGAAUGACGCGCGAAACGUCUAUGUCGAGCCCACGCGCGCGGAAUGGCGUCCUAGCGACACAACCAGCACCUCCUUUGGCGCUCCCCCCUCUUCCGCCCCCGGCCCUGCCCUCCCCCCCAAAGAAGCCCUAAACACCUCCGGCCUAGCCGCCAACCUCGACGAUCUCAAGAAGACGGAACCUCUCUACACCCCCCCCGCUGGCCUGUCAUCUUUCGCUGACCUGACGUCUAAUCUCCCCUUCGCUUCAAAGGCAGCGACGACGGCGCCGGUUGGGAAGGGGGUGGGGUUUAAACCCGCUAACCUUGAUCUCCCGCAACCCCCCCGCGGCCCCUCCCCUCCCGCCAUAGCACCGGAUGCGCCGCGCCCGACGCAGGCGGCGUGGGAUACCUACAUGGCGUCUAUGCACGCAUACAUGGCCGCAUGGGACGCCUUCAACACCCAAAUGGUCUGCCAUUUUGUGGCGAGGAAGAACGAGGUUGAUACCUUCCCCAAGGGCUGGCUGGGGACGAUUGGCGGGAAGGUUGUGAGCAGGUAUGUGGAGGGGGUGAGGGAGGAUGAGAAGGUGAGGAUGUGGUGGGAUACGGCGUGUGGGAGGCAUGGGGCUGUGAUGGAGGAUUUUGUGUGGGCGAGGGAGGUGUUUCAGAGUGGGGUGCAGGCGGUGGGGGGGAGGGGGGAGAAGGUGGGGGGGAGGCUUUAUGGGGAGGUUUAG